ACUAUUUUUUUAGGGAGGAAUAUUCUAAAGUGUAUGCUGUUAGGCAUUUCCGGUGAAAACAAUACCAAAUUCGGCUGUUGUAUUAAAAGUAGAUUUUCUGCGGUAAAAUCAUGUCUAAACUGAAAAAGUAUGUAGAGGAAAACAAAAGCAACAAAAACCCAGAGCUUGAGAUCAUUGACAGAGGCGUUGUAGAGCUAACGGAUACCCCAGGACUUUUUGAGUUAGCACAUCUAACAAGAUUGACCUUGACACAUAACAAGAUCACAAAUAUACCAUCAUCACUCACCAACUUGUACAAUCUGGAGUUCCUGAACUGUUUCAACAAUCAUAUCAAGGAAAUACAUCCAAAUAUCAGCAGCAUGACAAAAUUGAAGACCUUGAAUCUGGGCAUGAAUCGCUUGUGCACAUUGCCCCGAGGGUUUGGUGCGUUUCCUGUCUUAGAAGUGUUGGAUCUGACAUACAAUAAUCUCAACGAGACAAGUCUGCCACAGAACUUCUUUCAACUUGAUUCUCUCCGGGCUCUUUAUUUGGGUGACAAUGACUUUGAGACCUUGCCACCCGAGAUCGGCAGACUGAAGAAUCUCCAAAUUUUGGUUGUACGUGAAAACGAUCUGGUCUCGUUACCGAGGGAGGUGGGCGACUUGAUACGCCUGAGAGAGCUUCACAUCCAGGGCAACAGACUGACUGUGCUUCCUCCAGAAAUAGGCAACCUGGACCUGGUUGGAUCCCGGCAGGUUUUCCGUGGAGAGAACAACCCCUGGGUGACGCCCAUAGCUGACCAGUACCAGGUCGGGGUGUCCCAUGUCUUUGACUACAUCCGAUCUGAGACCUACAAAUUCCUGUAUGGACGUCACAUGACCAUGAACACUCCACCCCCACCCAAGACCAUCGACAAGACCAAGAAAAUCAGCCGUUUGGGCUAGAAGAACGGCAAACAGAGAAGUAGAUACAGGAUUGCAAGAAGAACUGAAGUUGUAACAAAAAAGUUGAAAAGACUAGUUGUGUAGGAUGAAAAAGCUGUGUUUGUGUUAUUGUAUCUAUAAGCCUAUUCAGCAAUUGAUCAAUCAGUUUUGAGUUUAAUUACUCGUCUGAAAUAGAUUGCAAUAUGUCUCCAACAAAAAAUGGAUUCACAGCUUUCCGAAUAUAUUUGAUUGGUCAGUUGGCCAUACGUCAAUGAAAAUUUCAAACAGCAGCUUUUAGCAUGCAUGAUUAAAAAUUGAAAGACUCACUGGCCAGUACUAUUUGUUGUGUAGAUCACAUGUAAUAUAAACUUAGUUUCUUUAAUAGAAAGUGCAUUGGUAAUAUUCUUUUUUGUAAAUGCACAAAAAUGGUGUUUUCAUACUCAUAAUCUUUAUUAUUCUUUUUGGCUCUUAUAUCACAACUGCUUUUUCAAUUGAUGAAUGAAUGACCGUGAACAUAGACAGUCUAUCAAAUCAUUAUGCAGCAUUUACACAAACAUUUUAAAAAAGGUAAUAAUUAUGUCCUCAAUAUUGAUUUUUCUGUUAACCCUUUCCCACUCCGAGCAAAGAGAAAAUGGUUAUGUGCAAACAGCAUAAAACCAGAACAGCCUGUGAGUAACUGGCAGUCUGUUCAGGUUUUAUGCAGUUUGCUGCUCAUCAGUAACUAAGGGUUGAACAUGAAGCCUUUAAAACUUGAAUUUUGAAAGAAAGGCAUUUUAUUAAAUGUAACUACAAAUGUGUCAAAAUACGUAUCUAAUUGGUAAAGGGUUCAAUGAACAAAAUGCUGUUUAAAGAUAAGGAUCCGAUGAUAUUUGUGAGACUUACUAAUCAGAUUUUGUAGUACUAUACUGCCACCAAUUAAAAACAAUUCAAACCCAAUUAGUUGUUGCAUAUGUGAUUGUUGUCUGUCAACUAUAAGGUCAAUGGUAUUUAAUACGUAUGUAUUGUUCUCUUCUGUAUCAUGAAUCAUGUAUCUUCCAUACUUAUUGUUAUAAUACAAGAGCGUUCCUUUGAUAUCAGUAUGAUAUUUAUUCGUAUUUAUAUAAUCAUUAUGUGCAUGUCAUUAUUAUUUCUUGUACAAUAUUUGCAUAACAAAUUGCAUACAUUAAUCUGGUGUGAUCUUUUUAUAAAAAUGUAUUAUGUAUACAUAUUUACAUUUUAUUGAUUUAAUAUUAUUUUGUUACUGAACCAGCCUCUUGCUAAGGGAUACAUUUGACUGUAUUUUUAUGUCCCCGGUAGGGUUGCAUAUAGCAGUUGAGCUGUCCCUCAGUCAGUCUGUCUGUCCCUGCGAAAAAACUUUAACAUUGGCCAUAACUUUUUCACAAUUGAAGAUAGAAACUUGAUAUUUGGCAUGCAUGUGUAUCUCAUGGAGCUGAACAUUUUGAGUGGUGAAAGGUGAAGGUCAAGGUCAUCCUUCAAGGUCAAAUGUCAAAUAUAUGGCAUCUGUCCGUCCGAAAACUUUAACAUUGGCCAUACCUUUUUCAGUACUGAAGAUAGCAACUUGAUAUUUGGCAUGCAUGUGUAUCUCAUGAAGCUGCGCAUUUUGAGUGGUGGAAGCUCAAGGUCAAGGUCAUCCUGUAAGGUUAAUGGUCAAAAAAAAUUAAUUCAAAGCAUCGUUCUCAUGAAGCUGCACAUGUUGAGUGGUGAAAUUUCAAGGUUAUCCUUCAAGGUCAAGGUCAUCCUUCAAGGUCAAAGGUCACCGGAAAAAAAUUCAAAGCAGUGAUAUCAUGAAGCUGCACAUUUUGAGUGGUGGAAGUUCAAGGUUAAGGUCAUCCUUUAAUGUCAAGGUCAUCCUUCAAGGUCAAAGGUCAAAAAAAAUAAAUUCAAAGCGGCGCAUUGUGUUUCUGACAAACACAUCUGUUGUUGAACUAUGAAAUAGAUCAUGAUCAUGCUGAUGGCGGUUUGUACUCAAAAUCAACUCAACUAGGAAUGGGAUAGAGUACAAGAUAAUGUUUAACCUUUUACCACUUAAAUACAUAUUUUGAUGCAUUUCUAGUCCCUUAGAAAGUUGAAUGUAAUGUUAAGUUGAAUGUAAAGUUUUUCCUUACUAGAUUCAAGUUUUAAAGGCUUCAUUUCCAACCCUUAGAUACUGAUGAGCAGCAAACAGUUUAAAACCUUAUCAGGCUGCGAGUUACUCGCAGGCUGUUAUGGUUGUAUGCUGUUUGCACAUAGCAAUUUUCACUUUGCUUUUCACUUUGGUUCUGUGUGGGAAAGGGUUAAAAAAAAAAUCUUAUUUCCUUGGCAGGAUAUAUAAAUUGCUUGUCAGAGGUUAGGAUAAAAAAAAUCAAACCUUACUGCUGAAAACAUUUUUUCAACAAAUAUCGGAUUACUUGUUCCUUUAAAUAGAAAUAGACUUGGUAUUUCACUGCUCGUGCUGAAAAUGGUGUGAUAUGUGAAAACUGCGCAUUUGUCUCCUUGUUGACAUAACACAACUAGUUGAAUUGGGAUUUGGUAAAUACUGUGCCUUAGGAAUUAAGAUAUUGUCCCAACGUCAUAGUUAUUAUUGGCUGCUAUUCGGGUUUUCUUUUAACUUCCAAUGAUUAAUGUGUCACAUAAUUGGCUCCAUUGGUGCAAAAAGGUACCAUGUGACAUAGACAUUUGAAGGCCCACGGUACCUUUUUGCACCAAUCAGGCGAUUAUUAUAUUUAACGCUAAGCUCAUAGGGCAACGAUUAUAUUUAACGCUAAGCACAUAUUUCCACCUUAUAUGACUGUAUUUUGGGUUUCCUUUCCAUCUUGCGACCUUUUUUACACCAAUCGGGUGAUCAUUAUAUUUAACUCUAAGCUCUUAUUUCCACCUUAUAUGACUGUAUUUUGGGUUUCCUUUCCAUCUUGUGUUAUUGGGAAGGUAUUUGAAUACAUGUGCAAUAUUCAGUGUCAUCGUUUAAAGGGAUGUGUUCAUAGAAGAUUAAAUUUCCAGCUCACGUUCAUGACAUUGGAUGCAUUAAAUAUGUAACCCAUUCAUGCCUAGUGGACUCUCCCAUCCUUCUAAAUUGGAUCAAUUUAUUUCCAAAAUUACGGAUGUCUAGUAUAUUUAUUUCUAUAUUUAGAAUAUUUCUUACAGAAAUUCCUGUAAGCAAACAGCGCAGGCCCAGAUGAUACGCCGCAUCAUGCUGCGCCUCAUCUGGGUCUACGCUGUUUGCCAAGGCCUUUUUUCUUGACACUUGGCAUAAAAUAUUUAAGUUCACAACCAAAGGUUUAAGCAAUUUAAUUUAAUUAAACUGAGUCAAAGAGUUGCAUUAUUUAAAAAUAUUUACAAUCAAUAUACCUUAUUAUUUUACAAGUAUGCGAUUUUUGUUUUUUGUCUUGCAAAGGUACAGAGUUGCAAGAUUUCAAACAUAGAAUUUAAUUUGGACCUAUUUUCAACAGCGAAUUAAAACUAAAAUUAAGAGUUUAAUAAAUGCUGAUAUGAAAAUAGGAUCCAUUUCUAUCCAUUUUCCCCCACAGCUAGUCAAUUUGUUUAUAACAUUUUCAAACUGCUUUAGAACUGAUAUUUUUAUAUAUUGAAAUAAAUAGUGCGCCACCUAAAAAAAAAAGAGAAUGUCUCUUUAAUAGAGCACACAACUGCUUUAAGUGAUAAUAAGUGGUACUUGUAAAUACAUCUAAGCAGCAGUGUUAUGUCAAAUGUUUCAGAGGCAGGAAGAGAAAAUGAAGAAGCGUUGAUCUGUUGGAGUAUUAUGCAUGUUGAGAACAUCCUAACAAUACUGAGAGGUCAAGUGUUGUCAAUGAUGUUCAAGUAUAAGUAAAACAAUGUUUGCGUUAGUUUGUAGGCGUAAGUGUGCCAUGUCAUUCAUUAUGUGACCUUUGUAAAUAGUUUUAAUUUGUUUGUUUGAAGCUUUGAUGUGGAUCUUUGCCUUCUGGAUUGAUCAAGAACAUGAUGACAAUUACAAACAGGGAAACCAAUGUUGCAAUAUUUGAAAUCAUGUCAAAUGUUAGGGUAUUUCAGACGCAACAAUGUAAACAAAUCUUCUUUUUCUCAGUAAUCCUUCUCUGUUUUAUUCUUAAUUUGAUUUUGAUAAAGAAAUAAAUUGAAUUAUUUCCUUUUGGAUUUUAAUAUAAUUUCUGUUUUAAUUGCCAUGGAGACCCAUGCAAAACCUUGAAACUCUGUAAAUUUUUCUUGCUAGAAAUCAGUGUUUAAAAGCAAAUACUAGUGCAGUUGUCAAUGCCACUUGUUUGUAAAUUCAUACCAAUAAUCAUGAUUAAUAAAAACAUUUUUUUCUGAUGGUGAUUGAUAUCAGAAUCAAUAUUAAAUAAAAACCUAUUGUUGUUUUCAUCAUGUUCCUUUUUUUAUCAUUUCUACAAAAAGAUGCAAAUAUGUUAACAUCUUUUUAAAAGUAGUUGUUGCAUACCAUUUUUUAGAAAGUCUUAUUUUGAUUUAAAAAAUAUUUUUUACAUUUUUAAUGCUCCUAUGUAAUGAAACGAACAUUUUCAUUGGAUAACCAAGUUGUUAAUGUCUUCAUGUUUGUUCAUCUUAUAAAUAUAAAAUGAUGCCGGUAUUUACUAAUUACUGCCAUUUAAGUUGUUUUUAUGCCCCCCGCAGGAGGGCAUAUAGUGAUCACAUCCGUCUGUCUGUCUGUCCUUCCGUCACACUUUUGCGUUUAGGAUUCGAAAAAUGCUCAUAAAUUCUAUGUGACUUCAGAUGUAACCUUCAUAUUUGGUAUGCAUGUGUAUAUGGACAAGGCCUUUCCAUACGCACACACAUUUUGACCCCCUUGACCUUGAACUUAGGCUCUGAGUUUAGGUUUGAAAUCUGUGUUUAUGUUUCGAAAAAAGUAAUUUUCAGGGGGCAUAUGUCUGCCGAUAGAGACAGCUCUUGUUUUCAUUUUAAUUUGUGACAUAAAUAUCUGAUAUGGAAUUUCAAUGUUUGCUUUAUUGAUACUGAUUUUUACAAGUGUUGUACAGAUUAACCCUUUCAGUGCUGGAACCGAAUUUUAAAGGCCUUUGCAAACAGUUUGGAUCCAGAUGAGACGCCACAAAACGUGGCGUCUCAUCAGGAUCCAAACUGUUUGCUAUUCUGAUAGUAUUCUUUGAAAAAAAAUAGAAGAAAAUGCUAAUUUUAGAAAUUCAGCAGAGGAGAUUUUAGCAGACGACAAAUUUCCCAGCAUGCAAAGGGUUAAGUUAUCAAGAUUAACAUAGCAAAGUUCAAGUUCCUUUAAAUGCAAACUUAUGACAUGUUUAUGUGGUAACAUAAUAGCAUACUUGUUUAUGACAAGUGAUUUAAAAUAAUGUAAAAUGGUGCUUUUUUGUAAUUUAGUCAAUUCAUUUUAAUGUCAUUAUUUAUACUAAUAUUAUCACAACUUCCAUUCAAACAUGCACAUUUUCAGACUCUUCGCAUCAAAGCGUGUUUUCGUAAUGUUUAAAUUAUUAUACAGAGAAUUUAAGAUGUUAGUCUAUUUCAAUGUAGUUAUGCAGUGUUUUAUACAGUUAGGUGUUAAACACUUAAUAUGUUUUGAUAGGCAAAAUUAUAUGUUAUGAAUAUUUUAUUUAGAUUUCUUGCAUGUUGUACGGUUACUUAAUCAAUAUGUUCAUAUAUAUUAGAUGCUUAAAUAAAAAAAAUAAACAUUUC